AUGGGCAUCCAUGCUGUUAGCGUCAUGCUAGAGGCUCUCAAUAGAGAUGCCCAACAUGCUACUAUCGCCAAGUUCAUUCAAAAUGAACUUGACGCAGAACGCGAGAAAGUAGCCUUGCUUCACCAACAAGGUUCUCAACAAGCAGAGUUGUUGAGAGAACAGGGUGCUCAACAGUUUGAGCUGUUGAGACAGCAGCAGGCUGCUGCUGGUGGGUCGAUGCACUCGCGUCGACCCGAGACCUUGAAGAUUGGCAUCUCCAAGUAUAGGGGGGUCGAAGAGGACUUCCUCUUGAGAUGGUUCGUCGAAUUAGACGAUGCCAUAAGGGCGCGUCGCAUCGACGACGGGGAUAUGCAUGUUGCAUUUGCCCAAUCAAAUCUGGCAGGACGUGCCAAGACUUGGGCACUGGGGCUCAAGUUGCACGACCCAUAUGCGUUUGGGUCGUUGGAAGUCUUCAAGUCGCGGCUCAGACAAACGUUUGAACCGCCUAGAGCUGAGUUCAGAGCUCGAACCGAACUCUUGAAGCUCAAACAGGGCAAGCGUGAUGUGCACGGUUACGCACAACAUUAA